ACGACAGUCUGCAACUUGAAUACCAUUUCUCUUUUCGCUGUGAGAUUUGGUUACUCAAUUGACUUCUCUUGCUGAUUACGAGUUCAACUAGUUGAAUAAUUGACUUAGGAAUGGACCAUUAUGACUUGCAAGGACAGAGAAGGGGAAUGAAGCAUAAAGGAAGGAAUGUUGUUUGGUCAAUUGCGAUGGAUAAGUGUCUAAUAGAAGCUCUUGCUAUUCAGGCAAAAAAUGGAAAUAAAAUUGACAAGUGCUUUAAUGAAAAUGCAUAUACUGCAGCUUGUAUUGCUGUGAACAGUCACUUUAACUUAAACUUGAAUAAUCAAAAGGUUGUUAAUCGCCUUAAGACCAUAAAGAAGAGAUAUAAGGUGAUGCGGGAUAUGCUAAGUCAAGAUGGAUUCAGAUGGAAUCCAAAUACGAAGACCAUUGAAUCUGAUAACGAUGAUCUUUGGAAGAGAUAUAUUGCAGCACAUCCAGAUGCAAGAGCGUUUCGAGGAAAGCAAAUUGAGAUGUACGAUGAACUGAAAAUUGUUUGUGGUAAUUAUCAAGCGCCAAGCCGUUGGGCUAAGAUGAAGGAAGGGAGCCAUGCCACCGAGUUUAAAAAUUGUGAAGAAGAUUCUGCUUCAUUCUCUUCAAGUUCAGAAGAACUAAGUGACACAGAUGGAACAGAGUCAUACACUGGGACACAAGAGUAUAUGCAAGAUGGUAGUCAAGACCCUCCUCUGAUUCAGCCUCUUAAACAACUUCCAAAAAGACCCCGUGGUUCAGAUGCCCUUCAGGAGGCAAUGUUGGCAGUGGCAUCUAGCAUUCGACGCCUGGCUGAUGCAAUGGAGCGAGGUAAAGCCACAAUUAAUACUUCAGAACUCUUACAGGCUGUGAUGGAGGUUGAUGGCUUGGAUGAGGCAAAACAGAUGUAUGCUUUUGAGUAUUUGAAUGCUGACCCUAUUAAAGCAAGAGCUUUCAUGACAUACAAUGCGAGAAUGAGAAAGAUUUAUCUAUUUCGACAAUUUUGGUGGUGGAAGUGAUGGACCAGCCCCUUUUUCUUGGUAUAUAAUUGACAAUAUUGUGAGAAGUUG